AUGACGCAAGAGUUGCGUGAGUUUUUGAAAACUGCAGUCGCGGGAAAGCUGAAGGCGAAGGAGUUUCCCGGCUUAUGCCUCAGCGAUCAGGUGCUGCAAGAAUACAGUUUGUCUUCGUUCUGCCCAGGUGCUGCCAGGGAGCUGAGCUGUGAUCCUGCCCAGGUGGCAGACUGCAGACUUCAUUGGCACGGCUCCUACAAGGUGCAGUGGGAGUUUACUCCCAUGCCGAGCUCGGGCCAAAGCCUCGAAAGCAUUGCAACCGAGCUCAUGACUUCGAGUGCCAUGCCGUGUUUGUCCUGGCGGCCCUUCAACCAGAAUCAGGCGCAGGCUUUGAGCUUCGUUUUGCAGCAGGUGGAUGGGCUUUGGCGGAUGCUUUUCAAGAGGUCUAACUUGUCCACCACGAAGUAUCUCCUGGAGGUGCGAAACCGCGAGAAAGGCUACCUAGUCUACAAACAUGUCAAGGUCCAAGAUGCUUUUCUCUGCAAGCCCAUCCGGGUUAUCCGUUUCCAGCUCGUGGUGGAAGUCUCCAAUGCCGAGUCGUGCAGGCUUCGAGUUGAGCUGUCCUCCCAAGCCCCGUUCGAGUUUUGCACCGCUGCAGAUCCGCACUGUCGUGUCAUGUGUUUCAACAAUGACCAGAAGGUUGCAUACUUGCACGACUCCGCCGUGGCCAUGGCAAGGGAUCUACACGGAAAAUGA